UCUGAUCUGCGUUAGCAGUGCCGGUCACUUCCUCGUGUGUCUGACAUCCCCGCUGAGCUGCGUUUUACACAUCAGCGACAUGGGAACGGUGAUCUUUCACGAAUAAAACGCCGUAUAACAAAACCGUCUCGGAAUUUCGAAAUCUUCUGAAGUUUCAGUGCUGUUUAAAAAAGCAGGACAAUGGGGUGUAUAAAGUCGAAGGAGGAGCAGCAGGCCAGCAAUGACAAGAUCGUGAAUAAUGACUCAGUACGUAAAAUCCAACAAGCUCAUUAUGUGAAAGAUCCCACAUCUGGUAGUAAGACAACCCAAAACAGCUCUUCCGCUUUGCCACCAUCGCCAGGACACACAGAUGGUGGAGAAUCGAUCGUCAUUACGCUGUACGACUAUGAAGCAAUCCACGAUGGCGAUCUUGGAUUCAAGAAGGGAGAGAAGCUAAAGGUGUUACAAGAGUCAGGUGAGUGGUGGUGUGCCAGGUCGCUCAGCACAGGAAAGGAAGGCUUCAUUCCCAGUAAUUAUGUCGCCAAAGUCAACUCGUUGGAGACAGAGGAAUGGUUCUUCAAAGGCGUCAGCCGCAAAGAUGCAGAAAGAACUCUUCUUGCGUCGGGGAAUCGAACUGGUUCCUUUAUGAUACGAGACAGCGAAACAACAAAAGGUAGCUAUUCUCUGUCGGUCAGAGACUACGAUUCGCAGUCCGGGGACACCGUGAAACAUUAUAAGAUCCGGACACUAGAUAAUGGAGGAUUUUACAUCUCCCCAAGAAUCACUUUCAGCACCUUACAAGACCUCGUCAACCACUACAAGAAGCAAGGAGACGGUCUGUGUCAGUCCCUGACGGAGCCCUGCAUCAACCCCAAACCACAGAAACCUUGGGAGAAGGAUGCCUGGGAGAUCCCCCGGGAGUCGCUGAAGCUGGAUAAGAAGCUGGGAGCUGGUCAGUUUGGGGAGGUGUGGAUGGCCACCUACAACAAGCACACCAAGGUGGCUGUAAAGACCAUGAAGCCUGGCAGCAUGUCUGUGGAAGCCUUCCUGGCUGAAGCCAACCUCAUGAAGACACUGCAACAUGACAAACUGGUGAGGCUGAACGCUGUGGUCACCAAGGAGGAGCCCAUCUACAUCAUUACAGAGUUCAUGGAGAAAGGCAGCCUACUAGACUUCCUGAAAAGUGACGAAGGCAACAGGUUGCAGCUUCCGAAGCUCAUUGACUUCACGGCACAGAUUGCAGAGGGUAUGGCGUACAUAGAGCAGAGGAAUUACAUCCACAGAGAUCUCAGAGCAGCCAACAUUUUGGUGAAUAAAAACCUGGUCUGCAAGAUAGCUGACUUUGGUCUGGCUCGCAUCAUUGAAGACAACGAGUACACCGCAAGAGAGGGUGCAAAGUUUCCAAUAAAAUGGACAGCUCCUGAAGCCAUCAACUAUGGUUCCUUCACAAUCAAAUCAGACGUCUGGUCCUUUGGGAUCCUCUUAACAGAAAUCAUUAGCUACGGAAGGACUCCCUACCCAGGGAUGUCGAACCCCGAGGUGAUACGAUCCCUGGAGAGGGGGUACCGCAUGCCUCGCACGGAGAGCUGUCCCGAGGAGCUCUACGACAUCAUGAUCAAGUGCUGGAAGAACAAACCAGAGGAGAGGCCCACCUUCGAGUACCUGCAGAGUGUCCUGGAGGACUUCUACACAGCCACAGAGAGCCAGUACCAGCGGCAGCCUUGAGGACACAGAACGUGGAGCAGCACUGCGUGAAGAACCACAUCUCUGCUCGCUAUUGAUUGGGUCCCACAGCGCACUAUGAAUUUGCCAGAUCCAGGCAAAAACAAAAAUGUGAUUCAGACUAGUCUUCUAUAUUUGCUCUCCUGUCCAUUGUUUCUGUUUUUAUCUUUCUUACCAAUCAUUCACAACAUCUGGAGGAGCCUUCACAGAGAAGAAUGCCGCUGAAUGGAUUUCUGUCCCAAGCCCCUGCAGACUCAUCUUGGUCCCGAGACAGCAGUUUUAACAUGUGGGAUAGUGAACGUGCCUUAAUAUAUCUGUCGUUCUCUCAAAGCGCUCACAGUACUGUUUACUUCCAGAUAAGGAAUUAAAAUUAAGGUAAUUUAAUGUGCAUUACUAUAUUUAGCUUUAGAUACUAAAGGAAACUUUGGUAUGUUUGUGUUCAUUAACUUUCUCUUUUUUUCCAUAAACAUAUUUAGUUGUAGAACUCAUGGUACUUUAAAAAAAGUCCUUAUUUUCAAGUGCUUCUUAUAGGAUUUCAGGUGUAUAUUUUUUUUUAUGUAGUGUGUGUGAAAAAUACAUUGUUAAAAUAUACAUUCCUACUGCAUGUGAAAAUUUUUAAAAAGCAUUUCAUGUAAAAUGUGGCACUCCCUGUUUACGGAACGUAACCCUCAUUUUCAUUUUGCAAAUCUUUCAGUUGUCUUAUUUCACUUGCGUAGUUACAUUGUUUGCAGGACCCACUGAAGAGUUGCAGAGAAGAGCACUUCAGAAUCAUGACUGGAUUUCACAAUGCAUCUGAGACUGCAUGAACCUUUUUCACAGUCCAGCUCUGUUCCAUGUAGAAAUAUCAGCCGUGCAAGUUGUCUCACUCAUGAGUGCCACAAAUUCAGGUCACCGGUAUUAAAACAUGUAUGUUUACUAGACAGUCCAAUCAGGUGUAGCUUUGAGGAAAUGCUGAGAUCUGAGGUUUUAUACAGUAUAUAGCCUAUAUUAGGCUUUUUAUAGGACACAACCCUUCUGUUAAGUUUAGUAACCACACAUGCGUCACACUUGGGUUAACAAAUCGAUACUGUACUGGGUCUCAGUAAAGAGGUAGGCCUUUGAGUUCAUUUCCCAUUACCAAAAAAUUGUGAGUAGUUGUUUCAUGAAAUAGGAAACCACAAGUUACCAGCAGAGGGCGAACUUCACAUCACUCUGCCCCCUGAGCCCACUCUACGCUGUAACUUAUUCAUGUGGCAUCCACUGAUUUACCAAUCGCUCCCUUCGAUUCAGGGUCGGGGGGAGCUGGCACCUAUCACGUGCCAUUUCUUUUGUGAUUGUGUUUGUGUGGUCAUCAUUGUUCUAAAGUUAAAGCGCAGACAAUAUCUUUGAAAGGUUUUUAGCCUUUUAACACUGAACCAAAGCAAAAAGCCUUUUGAUUUCAGAAUUGUUUUCAAGACGUCUAAUUCUCCUAUUGCUGGAAGACAAUAAUAAUUUGUAUUACCUUGAAGCAUCCUGAGUUUAUUUCAAACUUUUCCAUAUUGACAACAUUGCCACACAAAAUAUUUCUGAAUUUAUGAUUCCAUUAAAUGACUCCCUUAAAAAGUGAUUGCAUGUUUUGCAUUUCUUUUAAGCUAGUAUUUGUUUCAAAUUCAGUCAUUUUUCUGUAUCCGUCAUGAGUAAGCUGGGAGGUGUAAAAUAUGCAAUAUAUUUGUGUAUACCCAAAGUUUUGCAUUUUAAUUUAUUUUGCACGGGUUUUGUUUUCAUUUUUUUGCUUUCCUGCUGUAUGAGAAAUGUGUACUGUCGAAGAGAGUGGGGCUUAACAAAUAGCCCUAAGGAGGUGUCGUUUGUUAUUAUAAAUACAAUUUUAAAAUGAUGUAUUUAAAUUUAGUUGUUUGAAUUCUUUAAACAUAAAUCUUGUAAUUGCUUCGUUAUCAUGUAAAUGGCUAUUUAACGCGUUCUGCUUUUGAUAAUGUUCACUGUUACUGUUCACACUUAAUUUUGCAGAUGUCAAAUUAAAAAAACAACGGAAAAACAGUUGUGUUGCUGUGAUGUACCAUGAUGAUACAAGUGAUUUUGAACUAAUCUGGCUUUUACAAGAAAAACACGGGGGUCCGUUUUUCUCUUCACUCUUGACUUUGUUUCAAGCUUCAGAAUCAAUUGUUUCAACUCAAUCAGGUUCCUUCUGAAAAACCAGCCUGGUAGAGUGUUGGCAACAUGCUUUGAUCAGGAGCAGUAGUGCUCUUUCUGUGCUACUCUUAACUUGGCCAGUUUGGCAGUUCUUGCUAAGCCUCUGAAUCAAAAGUGGUCAAAAAUCAAAAGUUCAGCUAAACUUGAAGAUUAUUUGUAAUCCUAACACGUACAUGGCACAAAUCAAGCUUAAUUUAUAUUCCAUUUCAGCAGCAGGUUACAUAAAGUAAAAAUCUGGAAAUUUGAAGCAGAUUUACAGCAGAUACAUUUAAAAUACUGAAUAAAGCUGAUAAUUUCAA